AUGAAAGAUAAUUCGUUGCAAUGGAAUCGACCGCCAGAGCAAAACAAUCCUCUCCACUUGCAAAUGGAAGAGACAAGAUUGAACCCUCAAGAUGACCCAAUGAGAAUGGACAUAUCUGGCCCUGGCUCAUCACAGGCUGAACAAGAUUCACCUCAGAAGACCUUCGAUGCCUUGGAAGCUACAGAUUCAUAUAUUCCUCACCAAUCCCUCGGCAUUGGAGAAAGCAGGAGGUCUACGCCAGGCUCAAUUCAUAAGUCGAUCUCUCCAAAUACUUCCUCGAGGGGCUUUCCGACAUUUGAAAACACUUUCAACUCGGAGACCAUUGCAUCUCCUGGGAGAGGCAUACAAUCUCCCGAAAACACCUCACAUCGAAGCGAGAAGGAAGAAUUUCAGGAUAUCUUCUCCGAACUCAUGACUGGAACUGAACAUGAAAUUGCAUUCCUCACUAGACACUACUCUGAAGUCAUCGGCCCUUGGCUCGAUCUUUCCGAUGCCGAAAAAUUCUUUACCGUCUAUGCUCCCGUCCGAGCAAUAAACAACACGGCUGUAAAGUAUGCAAUUGCAGCCCUGGCAGCAAAGCACCUUGCCCGGGUGAAAGGCGUCAUAUCGCCAAAUGGCGGAAUCUUUACAAGCCCUGCGACGACCGAAGUCUAUCCUAACGCAACCCAGGUGGAUUGGUUUCUCAAGGCGGCCAAUUACUACUACCUAGCAGCCUCAGACUUGAAUAACCUCACUUCGGAUGGCUACACGACCGUAUCAAGCUCUGCUGUCUUGGAAUCACCUUUUGAAACAAUUCACCGAUGGAUAAUAUCUCCUCGAAACCAGACACUCUUGAAACCCAUGAGCCAAGACCCAGAUGAUGUCGCUGUCAUUCGGAAAAUGGAAGAGAUGCUAGCCACUGCCGCGAUUCUUACCAUGUACAGAUUGUUGGAUAUGCCUGGCGAUGGAUGGCACAUGCAACUCUCCCCUAUUCGCCCUUUGUUCGAGUCUAUCCUCCAACUUCAUACCUUAUCGUCCGCUCCAUUCUCGCAUGGAGUCCGCGCCGCGUUCUGGAACUUUGCCCGCCAGGACUAUCUUGGUUCCUACUUCACUCGAUCCCCCACGCAUCUGGACCCGGACAAUCUCGCUCUCUGGCGCAAAGCAGGCAUCGCGAUUAAUAGCAGGAAGGAAUUCCAUCUUUCCCAGACUGAAUCAACUCUUCUACGGGAAGAUCAGACAGCCAAUGGUUUGAUCUGGCUCAAUACUAAGGUCAUCAACUUCCUUGCGCGGUCAAAACAGAUUGAAAUCGCGCAGUGGACAGGGUCUCCACCGGCAACUUCUUCUCAAAAUCAAAAUUUAUCUCCUGGUACCGGAUCACCAUAUCCUGACACGGAUACCUGGCUCAAAUUGUCGUUCGAAUUCCAAACAUGGUUCGAGAAUGUGCCGGAAACAUUCCGUGCAUCGGUGCGAGUCGAACGUCCCAAGGACCUCUCUGGAUCUGCAGAAGGGGGCCAUUUGCCAUUCCCUGAGAUUUUCCAUAGCUCGACAACGUGUGCUGCUGCCAUGCAGCAUUAUCACUUUGGACGAAUAGCUCUAUUGCUCAAUAGACCCGCGGAUAUCAUCAGUGCCCCCUCUACGGCAUUUGAUCGUCUACAGGGAUACCGAGAAGUCACCAAAGAGGUUGAUUUCCGUUCUCGUGAGAUGUGCGGCAUUGCUUUGGGUCGCCCAAGGGGUGAAGUCCGUAUCUUCAUGGUACCGCUGCUUGUGGCCGUUGGGCAAUGUCUCGAAACCGCUGAAGAGCAUCAGAUUAUAGUGGAUCUCUUACGAGGAGUGGAAGCUGAUCUUGGCUGGGCUACUGGUCAUGCUAUACAGAAACUCCAAUCUUCUUGGAACCAAGCAGUGUAA